AUGGCUGCCAAAGGUGGUGGAGAAAAAAAAUCAAAGAAAAAACCACCCAUGCGGAUGGCGAUGGAUGUAGUGAAGCGCAUCAUGUGGGACGAGAAAAUACCAGAAGACUUGAUAACGGUUGGAUACGAGGAUCGUUUUCUUGGCAUAUUAGAAAAGCCUUUUGAUGAAUUUUCCUGGGAACCCUUAGACAGUUUGGACUACUAUAGCUUCGGUGUGCCUGAGCACCGGAUACAAUAUUUUAAGUAUAGGGACACCAUCAUUUGGGAUAAAAGAACCAGAUUGGAUAACGUAUAUGGGUCCACUGGAUCCGGGAUUUCUAUCGAACAAGUAAUGGAAGAUGCGGACAAGGCUUUUCGUCAGAAAAUCGAGGCUUCUAAUUCAGAUGAAGUCGCAAAGAAAGAACGUUGCGAAUCUUCUGAUGACGAUGCUGUUGGUGUGGUUAUUGGUGAAACCGAAGAACCGCUGAACAAUUUGUCAGACGAUGAGGAUGACGAGGGAGCCUUUUGGCAAAACAAAUUACGUCCCAACUUCUUCAUCUGUCAACGGGCAGAUAGCCAGUUGUUGAGAGAAAAAGCUGCUACCUUACAAUCUUACGUUUGUCAAAAAGAGCCACUUCUUGAAAGUUGUUGUAUCCAACCCAACGCCUUACACAUGACCUUGCGGACUCUCAGACUUGAUGAUGCGCAACAGGUAUCCGAAUGUAUUAAGGCUCUAAAACUGGCAAAAGAAGAACUUGAAGAUCUUCUCCCAUCCGCUCCUAUGGAAGUGCGUGGUGUAAACAAUUUUCACAACCGCGUGGUUUAUGCUGCAGUCGUGCCAACGGACGAGCUGAAUUUGUUUGUCGAUCAUCUGGACCUCGUUCUUCGCACGGCCGGCCUAACGAUUCCUGAUGGGCGAGAUUUCGUUCCACAUAUCACAUUGGUUAAGCUUACUCGUCCCGUCGGUCGUCAACUUGGUAACAAUUCUAUCGACCCCGCCCUAUACGCUGACUUCGAACAUUGUGAUUUUGGUGUUCUUCCCCUUGAUACUAUUUAUCUUUGUUCCAUGGAAAAAACCCGUGAUGCUGACGGUUUCUACAUUAGUCCUGCCCAUAUGACUUUUAUGCGCCCUGUCCUAUAA